UUUAGUCAUGAUAUGAGUUACAUAAUCAUGACAUGACUCGCUUCUUUCGUCAUCCUUCCGGCACGCCAACGAUACAAUACCGAGCACUGUUCAACAUUCUGCAAUGCGGCUUCAGGACCACGAUCCUGGCUGAAACACGCUGUGUGUACUUCAUACUGAUACUUGCCCAAUAUGAAGGAAACGCGCACUCCGCUGUGUCCCUCACUCCCGCCCGAGCUGUGGAUCCGCAUCCUCAUCUACCACACUGAUCUCACGCACCUUUGGACGGUAUGCCGAAACGUAUCGUCGCAGUUCAGAUCCUACACCGAACAGGUCUUCGCCGACUCAGCCCUUCGAAAUAUGAAAAUCGACUUUCACUUGGAGAAAUAUAACCUUGGUGGAAAGAGCAAACGCCCCGAAGUGCCUACCACGUUCGCCCGAUUUGUGCCUGGACUCAAGCUAGAGAACGGCGACAAAGAUAAGGCACUGGUGUGCUUCCAAGACCAUCGCAAGAAAAGCGAAAUCGCUGGCGGGAGAAAGAAGGAAUACAACAGGAUCAUGGAGAGAUGGGAAAGCAACGUCAAUGAGUGGAAGCCAGAGAUGCCGAAUUACACAGUACGGAUUGGCAACACUGUAAAUGACACGGAGCUCUCCGGUUUAUCCAUCGAUAUCGCGACGAGACAGAUCGAGUUCAACUGGCGGCACACGCUUACCCUGUUCUUUCGCGAGCAAGCCCUUUUCCGGUUCCUCAGAGCGAGAUGGGAAGCAGAGAGCGAGAAGACUAUGGAAAUAAACAAGAAGCGACUCGCGAAUCGCGAACAUCUCACGGCGGAUGAUUAUCCUAUGCCCCGAGCCCUUGCGGAGGUAGAAAUAAGGAAACAUAUUCGUCGUAAACGGCUGAGGGAGCACUAUAUUACGAAUGAGCGGAUGGUUUGGGCAAUAGGAAGCUUGAGGUGCUUUGAGAAUCACAGCUCCUCGUCUGGGAGCAGCAGAGCGUUCAAACUCAACCCUGAUCUACCUGGUUCUGGGAUCGGUGAGAAGUUCUUUGGCAGCGUCAACCUUGUGCAAGAGCUAUAUCUGGACGAAUGGAGUUGCAUGCAUCGAAUUGACACCAAGAUCGAGCACAUGAAGGGCGAGGAAGAGUUCCCAAGAUACUCUGUACCACCUCCAGAUUUGAAGAAAGAAUGAAGCGCUUCCUCUCGGCAUCGUUUCAUUCACGACUUUAAUGCGCUCUUCCCUUUUGGUCGCCCAACGCUUCAAUGGGUAUUUCAGCCGAUAUGGCCGAAUACUGACCACCUUUGUCCAUUGCCCUCAAGCUAUACUCCGAACCCUCGCGUUGCACACUGCUAUACUCGGGGUAAUCGUGCUUCACGCUCAGCCCGA